GAACAACCUCAGCGAAAUCGAGAAGAAUAGUCUUUUCUGAUUACCAACUCCGACAAUCUCAUCACCUUACCGGUUGAGAUGAGCUCCGAAACGUCGGCGGCUGGAGACGGCGGCGAAACGAGCGCUGGGCCAGCACCGGCAUACGACAAACAGAAGGAGAAGGCGCGCGUGAGCAGACCGUCUCUGAUCCUGUGCCACGACGCGCACCAGAACGACGCAUCUGCAGUCUGGAAACUCCUGGAGAAAGAUCAGUCUCUGGUUCACGCCAGAGAUUACGACAGCCAAACGUCUCGGGUGGAUCGAUGUUGUUAAAUGUCUGAUCGAGUUUGGUGCUGAUGUCAACGCUCAGGACAGGUGGAAGAACACGCCUCUGGCUGAUGCAGAAGCUAAUAUGAGCUAGGAAGCAGAAAAUGAUCGAGCUACUCAAAUCUCAUGGCGUUUUAUCUUAUGGUCAAAACGGAAGUCACUUUGAACCAAAGCCUUUGCCACCACCAAUUCCAAAGAAGUGUGACUGGGAGAUUGACCCUGCUGAGCUGGAUUUCUCAAAUGCAGCCAUGAUUGGAAAGGGUUCAUUUGGUGAGAUUGUGAAAGCCUAUUGGAGAGGAACACCAGUGGCUGUCAAACGUAUUCUUUCUUCUCUUUCAGAUGAUAGACUGGUUAUGUAAGUUCUUAUUUCUCUCUUUUGAGAUUAGCUGAUACCUUGGUCCUUGGUAGAAGUCUGUCCUAAGAUUCUUGUGUAUUCAUACUUGGUGUACUUUAAAUGUAUAGAUUGAUUUCUAUUGUGAUACUUUAAUUUACAAGAUUUUUGUCGGUUUACUUCUUUUUUUUUAUCAGAGUCGGUUACUUCAA